GCUGCCGCCCUGGCCACGUCACCGCCCGGCCAAGAGUGCGCGGGCGGCGGCGCGGCGGGUGCGAGCGCGGAGCUGGGAGGCGCAGGCCAGGCCCUGGGGCACCGAGAGACCGGGGCCAGGGACGUGGCAGCCGCCCCGCCCGCCAGAAAGUUUCCUUGAAGUUUGUUGGGCGCGGGCGUACGACCGACGGGCCGGACCAUGAACGUGUUCCGAAUCCUCGGCGACCUGAGCCACCUCCUGGCCAUGAUCUUGCUGCUGGGGAAGAUCUGGAGGUCCAAGUGCUGCACGGGCAUCUCUGGGAAGAGCCAGAUCCUGUUUGCUCUUGUCUUCACCACCAGGUACCUGGACCUGUUCACCAAUUUCAUCUCUAUCUACAACACAGUAAUGAAGGUAGUUUUUCUACUCUGUGCCUAUGUCACAGUGUACAUGAUAUAUGGGAAAUUUCGUAAAACUUUUGACAGUGAGAAUGACACAUUCCGCCUGGAGUUUCUUCUGGUCCCAGUCAUUGGCCUUUCCUUCCUUGAGAACUACAGUUUCACUCCGCUAGAGAUCCUCUGGACUUUCUCUAUCUACCUGGAAUCAGUGGCUAUUCUGCCCCAGCUCUUCAUGAUCAGCAAGACUGGAGAGGCCGAGACCAUUACUACUCACUACCUCUUCUUUCUGGGUCUGUACCGGGCACUCUACCUGGCUAACUGGAUCAGGCGGUACCAGACUGAGAAUUUCUAUGACCAAAUCGCAGUGGUUUCUGGAGUAGUACAAACCAUCUUCUACUGUGACUUCUUCUACUUGUAUGUGACCAAAGUCCUUAAGGGAAAGAAGUUAAGUCUUCCAAUGCCAAUUUGAGGACCCUUAGAGAUGGUCGACACCUUAAUUUAACAAGCACAUGAAGGAAACUACUUUGAACAUUCUCCUUGGCAACUUACCAUAACUUGGAUCAAACGUUAAAACUAGAAAAAUGCUUAGUGUGGAUUUCAGCAAAGCCUGAUCAUCCCACCCCAGAUGAUCACCCUUAAAGACCUAUUAUGAGGUCAUAAAAAACCUGGGCCAACUACACAAGUAUGGUGCCUCAAAAUAACUGCAACAAGAAACCUUAAGGUACCUUACCAAUGAAAUGGAUCAAAUAAAUGAUUGCUCUCUAAGGCCGAAGGACAAGACUCAUGAGAAGGAAGUCAACCCCAAUCUGCAAUCAUGUCCCUCCCCUGUUAAACAAUGUCCCAACUAAAGAGCAGCUCAAAUAGAGUAGGCGCUUAAGAAUUUCCACUUUCCAGCUAGGUGACCCAAUUUAAGGUGGUCAAGAUACAGAAGUGACAGCUAGUUUUAAGUGUGAAACUUACUUCAUUUCCACGCUGCCUUCAGGCCCGAAGCAAACCAAAUUUACCAGGUUUGGCUGGAGUAGUUUGUGCUUCAUCUUUUACUUUUUUUCAAACCAGUGGCUGAUACCAGCCUUGCACUUAAUAACCACCAAAGGUUAGUACCAUUUGCACAAUCACUGUCUUAGUAAUAAUGAGCAGAUAUACCCAAGCCCUUACCUACAAGGUAUCCUGCUAAGUUGUCAACUCAAAUUCUUGUCAUCAGUCCCACUUCCUUUCAGUUUUAGGUGGUGCUAAGGUGAUGAACCAAUAUCCCCAACCUUUUUUGUCUUGAAACAAAUAAAAUCUGUUUUAAGAUGUCUACUAUUCACAAAGUUUUUAAGCAAUAAAAGCUCACACCUUAUUGUCAA